UCAAGGGCGCCAAGGGCGCCGAUGACGAGGAGGUGGUUUACGCUCUUCCUGCCGCUGCUGCCUCUCCAGGGGCACCGGCUCCGAAUCCUCAGGUUCCUCUGCUCCCGCCCCCUGGCCUACUGCUGCUGCUACGCCGCUCGACAAGGAGCCCAUGGAGCUGGCGACCUCGACCCCCUCGAGGCACGGGUCCUACCCGAAUCCUAAGGAGCACAAGAGCCCCCUUUGGGGCGGCAGCAGCCCUUGGUCCGGCGCUGGCAUGUACACAGUUCCUACCAUAAAUAUAGCCUCUGACAGCAGCACUCCGUCGCUCCACAAGAAAUGGCGGCCUUACUGCGCAUCGUCUGCCAGCGAGAAAAGCGAAUGCAACACGACCUUAGAGCACAGUCGGUACGUCACCGAGAGGAUCCACCAUCUGGUCACAGCCUUCAGUCAGCGCGCUAGCAGAGUCAAGGCCCAGAUUACCCAGCCGCCCACGCCCUCGACGGAGCUCUCAGACGGAGGAGAAGAGGACCCGCCCAAACCCCGUCAGCGCCUGGACUCGAUGGUGGGCGAGCCCAAAUCGAGAUCUGCCUCCCCGAACGACUUGGUUGGAAUUAGCUCCAGGAAGGCUUGGCUCAUGAAGAAGUUCCGGCUGCUUAAGAAGUCCCUGACGUUCCCCACGGGGAUGGAGCCCCAGAGCACUCUGUACCUCUGGUGGCUCUUCGUCGUGUCCAUCGUGUUCGUGUACAACGCGUGUGUUAUCCCUCUGCGGACGGUCUUCAGCGAGUACCAACACGCGGGCAACUUGGCCUACUGGCUGGCAACCGAUUACGUCAGCGACCUCGUCUACGUCACGGAUAUCAUCUUGUUCAAGUCUCGUAUCAAGUACAUAGAAAACGGGUUUUGGGUCGGCACUCCCAAGAGGAUGAGGAAACACUACAUCAAGUCGUCGAAGUUUCUCUUUGACGUGCUCUCGCUUCUGCCUCUAGACCUGCUCUACAUCCAGUUCGGCCCCAUUUCCGUCUUCAGACUUCCACGGUUUCUGAAGAUCCACACCUUUUGGGAGUUCUUCAACCGCCUGGACACUGUCUUAUCGUCUCCCCACGCCGUCAGGGUGGUGCGGACAGUCAUGAACAUGCUGUACCUCAUCCACCUCAACACCUGCGCCUACUACGGCUUCUCCAAGCUGGAGGGCAUCGGCUCCAAUCAGUGGGUCUUCCAGGGAAUCGGGAACGCGUACAUCCGAUGCUUCUACUUCGCCACCAAGACUGCAACCAGCAUCGGCAAGAACCCGAAGCCGGAGAACGAGGCGGAGUACGUCUACAUGACCUGGUCUUGGCUCAUGGGCGUGUUCGUGUUCGCCUUGCUCAUCGGUCAGAUUCGGGACAUCUUGGCAACCGCCACCCGCAAUCAGAAUGAGUUCCGGUACGUGAUGGAUCAGACCCAGGCCUAUGUUAGUCGGCUAAACGUCCCGCCAUUGCUGCAAGAGAGAGUUCGCCAGUGGUUUACUUAUACGUGGCAGAUGCAGAAGACGCUAGACGAAAUGAAAUGCCUGCAAUCCCUGCCGAAGAAGAUGAGGACCGACAUAGCCAUCAACGUCCACAUCCAGACUCUGUCGAAGGUGCAGCUGUUCCAGGAUUGUGAUAAAGCCCUGCUCAGAGAUUUGGUCCUGAAGCUAUACCCUGUUCUGUAUCUGCCUGGAGACUUCGUUUGUAAAAAGGGUGAAGUGGGCAAGGAGAUGUACAUCGUGCAGACAGGUCAGGUCAUGGUCAUGGGAGGGGAGAAGGGAGACGUCGUGUUGGCAACUCUGGGAGAGGGAAGCGUCUUUGGCGAGAUCUCGCUCCUGGCUUUGGCGGGAGGCAACCGGAGAACAGCCAAUGUCAAGUCACGCGGUUUCAGCAACUUGUUUGUACUGAGCAAGUCUGACCUUCAGGCUACCAUCAAGGAUUACCCAGAGGCUCAGGAAAUACUGAAGAAGAAGGCGAAGAAGCUGAUCAGGCAGAACGAAGCUCGUGAGAAGAAGGAGGCCAAGGAAGACGAGAACAUCAUCAUCAAGUCGAGGGAGGGGACGCCCAAACUCCUGCACACGGUGUUGCAGGUGGUUCGACCAGACUCCUACACGGCCAGCCUCAUCCGUCGUUCGUCUCGCACCAUCUCGCGAUCGACGAUGGACAUCCCUUCGUCGAUAUCCUUGUCUCCCGGGGGCAUGUGGUCCUGGACGCCCUCGCCCAGGUUUCACCAGUCCUCUGUGUCUUUGGAGGUUCCUACGAGGAGCAGUAGGAGGUCUUCCCUGGAGGUGCCGCCAAGUAGUAGCAGUCGAACAAUGAUAGCCAAGACGAGCUUGUCUGAAUCCCUCCCCGAGGAGGACGAGGAAGAGUUUCUGGUGGUCGAAACGUCCGAAAUGAGUGAGGACCCCGAUGACCGCCCUCUGGGGAGUCCCGCCAGUCACCGGUCCAUUGCUCUCCACCUCCGUUCGAGGUCUGGCUCUCCGCACUCCGUCUUUUCGCAUACGCCCCCUCCUUCGGUAGUGUCCACGCCGAAUUCGGAGCUCUUCUAUCAGCAGCAGAGCGUCCUGGCCAGCUUCGAGAUGAACAAACCACAACAGGAGGCUUACAAUUUCACCCAGGGUUACGACAUUCACGAGAGUCCGCUACCCAAAAGCCAGAUCUGUUCUGACGUGAGGUCUAUGGCCGGCAGCCCGACUAGGUCUAAUUCCAGCCACUCAAGAUACUCCACAACGUCACUCACUCGGCAACAAAACGUCAUGGUUCCCGAAGGAAGUCUAGAACCAUUACUAAAAUCCCCAGACUUUCACUCGUCUGAGUCUCCCACGAGUGAACUCGAAAUCUCGCACUCGAGAUACGUAAGCCUUGGCGAGGCCGCCAAUCGUCCCUCCUCCGGGGAGACCAAAGACCUGCUGAGCGACGGCGCUGGAAAGAGUCAGUUUCCAGGGAAGCGACCUGCAUCAAGGACCCCAACCUCUGGUUCACUCACUCAGAAUGACGUCAACCCUUCGGUUCCAGAUGACGCAGGCAGGCAGGAUGAUCCUACGCAGCAGACGACCUGGAAGAAAGCGAAGGUCACUGGAAACAAGAGCGCGGAUUCUUUCACUGGGUCUAGGGUUAACGAGAGAAAUCCCUCCGGUCGGAGCACCGCCAGCAGUAAAGGAAGCAGGUCCUCCCGAUCUGCUGGAACAAGCAGGAGUCGAAACAGCGCGAAUUCCGCGGGAAGCAAGACGCCCACUCCUGGGAGCUCUGGCAGGAACACCUACAGAGGGGAACCUCCCAGUGACGUUCCCGCCAGUGCGCAAGAUUCGAACGAAGUGGUUAACGCCAACCACACCCAACCAAAUCAAAAUAAUAAUAACGCUUCGCUCCAGUCGAGGCCUUCGUCCAGUGAACAAAUGCAACCGAGGAAUCCUCACCAGAGACCACUCAAGAGUGCUGGAAACUCUUUGGUUAAUCACACGGAUAGACCGUGUAGCAGUGGUUCGAGACUGUCCCCUCGAGGUCUGGUAGACCCAAGCUACGGAAAUAACGUCCCCGGUGGAGACGUCGGUUCCACUUUUGCUGUUAACGCAGCAUCCGUGGACGACAUCAUGUACCAGUUUGGCAUCGGUACCGGUGACGGAGGCACCGGGAAGGACCAGGACAGGUUAAACUGUGCGCCUACCUUCGAAUACCCGAGCGACAGGGAUUCCUACGAACUCUUCUUCAACGAACUUUCGAAGGCUAUACCAGAUAAGACAUCGAGUCCUACGCCGCGCUACUCGUCGGCGUCCCUCGUGAAUCCUGCGUCCCCCAACAGCCUGACAUCCUCCAGGAUCUACUGCUCGGCCAUCGUGCAUCGGGAAUGCACCCCCUCCCCGGAAACCUCGCCCUCUCCUUUCGACGCCAAGGAAUCCCGCCUCUGAGCGGCUGCUACUGCUUCUUCUUCUCGAAUAUCAAAAUAGACUGUAGGCUCUCUUGUUUAUUUAUUCAUUCAUUUAUUCGUUCUGGCAUUCGGAUAGGAUGUUGCAUGGCUUAGCGCAGUGGUUCUCAACCUGGGCGUGGGUGGUAGGGUGGGGGGAGUCAUAAAUUUCCAGGGGCUAUGGGGACGCGAGUCCUGUGGAAACAUUGAACAUUCUCUAUAUUCGUUUUCCUUCUAACAAGAGUGCGGAACUAAUAUUCAGAAUUUUAUGAACAAAUGCAAAGGUGUCGCCUUAUAACGAUAGUUUCCUAUAGUUUACUCUAGUUGUACUCGUUCGGAUAUAAGUAUGUUCGGAUCCAUGUAUAUUUAGGAAGCUGCCUUUUCCGCGUUCGUUGCUCUCAAGAACAAAUGCAGAAACAGGAUGAAUGUUGAAGGGGGCUUACGCUGAGCACUCUGUGGCAUUCAACCAAGCAUUCAAGAUUAGGUAGCUAUGGAAGCAGUGUCAAGUAUCUCACUAAUUCAUUCCCAAAAGAGUAGAAACACCUCUCUCUCUCUCUCUCUCUUUUACUUUCCUUUAAAUCUGGGAGGGAAUUUUACUUAUAGAUGCAAGGGGGCGUGAUAAUAAAAAGGUUGAGAACCACGUUAGUGUUUGAGCUAUGUUCCCCAGGAGCGUAUCAACAAUAUAGGCCUAACGAGAACCUGUUUAGUCUGACUUGAAAAUGAAGAGAUAGUUACUAAUUCAACAACAGUCGUCAGCUACUUUUUAUUUUAGCAUAAUAUUGAGCAUAAUGAAGCCUUUAUUAAAUACAUCAACUUUCAUCAAUAUUUCCUGGAGUUGCUCGCUUGUGUAAUUACAUAAUUUACGUUUGAAAAUCAAAGCCUCUAUAGAGCGAACACAUUUCUAUAAGAUUUCUUCAGAUUAUUGUUCUGUCCUUUACAAUGCAUCUUUAAAAUCAUUAUUUUUCAGUUAUUCUGUUUUUUGGCAGCAAAAUAGUAAUGUUUUCAGUAAUGCCACAAUAAUAAUAUUUAGUAAUGACAAUUUCAAGUAAUGAUUCUAAGUAAAGACACGAGUUUCAGUUACUGACUCUUAGUAAAGACAGUCUAGUAAUGUCUCUGAGUAAUGACAGAUUUUCAAGUAAUGUUCCUUUGUAAUGAGGUUCAAGUCAAGACUUAGUUAUGACGCAGAUUUGCCUUGCUUAAUUAAUACAUGAUUUUGUCGGGAACUGUGAGUGACAUGCCUUUAUGCGAUGACACGCAUUUACCCUGACGAAAGUGGGAAGUUAUUUUUUUUAUUUCUGGUUCGUAAUGAUAAUUCUGUUCAAUGUUUAUUUACGCUGAUAUACUUGUCAUGUUAAUUUUCUACUUCUGUACCUCCUCUUUGUAAUCUUUUCCUGUAAAUGUCGCGUAACGUUGAUUCUUUUUAGCCUUUUUUUUAUUUUGUGUGGUAAUAUAUGGCAACUCAGCUUCCUCUCCUGAAGAGAAUUAAGUAGCAACCGGUUGAAGACUCUCUUUAGUACUAAAAGGUCAUAUAUAGAUAAACUAUCCAGAACUGUUUAUAUAUAUAUAUUAUUGUAAAAUAUAAACUAUAUCAAGAAAUAUAUAUAUCUACAUAGAAAAUUAUUUUCGUAAAGAUGUAUUCUUGCAUGAAGUAUUAAUAGAUCACACUACGUCAUUUUUUAGAUGGAAUAUACAUAAUAUCCUAGAGAAUUUACCUGGAGUGGUGUAAUAUAAUAAAAUAAAGGUAUACGUCACUUGUUUCUCUCAUC